CCAGAGUCCUCUGAGAGACUGCUGAGUGAGCGCCAGAUGAAAUCCUGGGACUGCAGGGUUUCGCGGGACCCGGGCUGACUGCUCAUCUGCGGAGAUGGGGGAGACGCCGGGUUAGCUGAGAACGGAAGCCCGGUGGGCAGCCAUGUUCCCACACGGUGGAUCAUGCCGGGGUGGGCAGAGUGGGACCCACGUGCUGGCCAUCCCUCUCACAGCCACCUUGGGGAGCCAGGACAACCAGAGGGGCCAGCCUGGAGGUGGCAUCCAGCAGGGACUCCUGCUGUGGAAUGGACAGUCUGUGCGCUGGAUCAUGGACAACCCGUAUUGACCACAGCUCGGUGCCGGCCCAGGGUAGGACAGAGGCCGAGAGCUGGCCUUGGAUGGAAACUUCACACGCUGUACCCUACGUGGAGCCCUGGGCUCUCCCGCGUGGUGGCUAACCAACCACAGGAGGGCAGACACCCAGCACGCUGGUGAGGGGACUGAUGGGCCCAUGUCCCCCACACUCACACACAUUAGUACACACAACAUUAAUACACACAUACUUAUACAGACUCAGACACACACACUUACAGACUCAUAUACACAUUAGUACAUACAAUAUAUGUACACAGACUCAUACAUACACAUUAGUACACGCAUUCACACACACAUACACACUCAUACACACUCAUACUCUCACACUCACAAGUACAUACACCCUCAUACACACAUACACAUUAAUAUACACAUACACAUACAACACUUACACAGACACACACAUAUAUACAUACUUCACACACUCAUGCACAUACAUUAAUACACGUGCCCACACACACACAUACACAUACACAUACACACAUUUACUCACAUGCAUAUACACACAUUAAUACCCACAUACAUACAGUCACCUAUACACACUCAUACAUAAAUACACAUACACAACAUACACUCACACCUAUGCACACCCAUGCACACAUAUGCACAUACACUCAUAGACUCACACAUACACACAUGUACAUAAACACACACUCAGACACACUUAUGCACAUAUACGUACACGUACACACACAUACAUGCACAUCCACACACGCACAUCCACACACACACCCCUCCUUCCCAGGGCCCCACGGAGCCUGUGCUGCCUGUGGGCCUGCAGUGGGUGGCACCUGUGCCUGCCUUGGGCGAGACGGCCCUAGUGCUGGGCGCCCAGCUGGGAGUCCCCUGUCCUCUCCUGGAAGAGGGGGUCCUCGCCCCGGCCACUCCUGGGGGGCCGCGCCCCUGCCCUGGGGGAUCUCCCUCAAGGCUGCAGGGCAGGUGGCGGCUGCACUGUGUGGGCAGAUGGGCACAGCGUGACUCUGGGAGGGCAGGCGGGAGUCUUGCCAAGGGUGACUCAGCCCGGGCUGCUAGAAGCUGCUCCUCGCCCUGGCUGCAGCGCCUUCCGGGCAGCCAGCAGGACCCCGGGGUGUGGGCCAGCAGCCGUCCUUCCUGGAGUUUACCACAGUGAGGUCGCCGGGGUGGAGGUCGCAGAGGUGGGGGGGGCUGGGACCGGGACCCUCUGGAGGGCCCUGGCGCGGCCAGGAUGGCACAGCUGCCCUCCGCGGCACCCAGCCCGGGCACAGCACACACCCACAGGAGGCUGCAGCCCAGGCCAGGGUCGGGGCUGGGUCCUCUGACUCGGCGGUCGCCGUCCAGGGCCCAGGGUCCUGCGUCCCGUGGCUCAUGUACUCCCAGCUGCCUCUGCUUGGAAUCCAGAUGACGUCUGGGAGAGGGAGCUGGAGUGGCUGCUUGGCGUCCCCACACUGAGACCAGGAGGCGCCCGGGGAAUCGCUGGGACGCGGGAGUACCCAAGUGCCCAGGGGAGGCGCCGCAGGAACCGGGACCGCCGCUCGGAUGCGCGCCGUGGCCGCGCGGCCCCCGCCCACCUGCCCAGCUAACUACGCAGCCAGCUGCACCCCGCCAAGGCCUGCAGGGGCGGCGCUGCGCGGAGGCCACGGCUGAUCCCGCGGAACCCAGGCGGCACCGACCGCCGAAGCCGCAGCGGGUCGCAAGUUCAGGGCGAGCUGGCCCCGCCCUCCCCGCGGGACGCGGCAGAGGCCAGGCCGGGGAGGCAGUGGAACCCGCCCGCGCGCCGCGCUAGACCUCGCGCAGACCUGGGGGCUGCGGCGCUCCCAUGGAGCACUCGGGGGCCGCCUGCGUGCUCCGCCCGGGGGACGACCGCGUCGGCGGGGACGAGCCCGGAGCCGUCCCUGUCCCCGCGGCGCGCGGCCAGUCUGGCGCCGGGGGAGAGGGCAGCCCGCACGCGCCGGACGCGGCGCAGACCCCCUGCAGCCUCGGCGCGUCCCUGUGCUUCAGCUCUGGGGACGGCUCCCCGCCGCAGUCUCGCGCCUCCGCGGCGGAGUGCACGGCGGGCUCCCCGCCCCCGCGGUGCAGCGGCCAGCGGGUAGUGGAGACGCAGUGCAAAGUCAGCGGCGUGGGCGCCGGGGCCCCGGAGCAGCGCGCGUCCCCGGAAGAGGCCGCGUCCCCGGAGGAGCCCACGUCCCCGGAGGAGCUCGCGUCCCCGGAGGAGCCCGCGUCCCUGGAGGAGCUCGUGUCCUUGGAGGAUCCCGCGACCCCCGAGGAGCCCGGGUCCCUGGAGGAGCCCGCGUCCCCAGAGGAGCCCGGAGAGCUGGCGCCCCUGCCUCCCGGCGUCGGGACCGCGCACGGGGAGCCCGACCUGGUCCUCGAGGUGUCCGGCCGCAGGCUGCGAGCGCACAAGGCGGUGCUGGCGGCGCGUAGCGACUACUUCCGCGCGCGCGCGUCGCGGGACGUGCUGCGGGUGCAGGGCGUGAGCUUCGCGGCGCUGCGGCUGCUGCUGGCCGACGCGUACAGCGGGCGCAUGGCGGGCGUGCGGCCCGACAACGUGGCCGAAGUGGUGGCCGGCGCGCGCCGCCUGCAGCUGCCCGGCGCCGCGCAGCGCGCCACCGACGCCGUGGCGCCGCAGCUGAGCCUGGCCAACUGCUUCGAAGUGCUGAGCGCGGCCAAGCGGCAGCGGCUGACCGAGCUGCGCGACGCCGCCUACCGCUUCAUGAGCGACCACUACCUGGAGGUGCUGCGCGAGCCCGCCGUGUUCGGGCGCCUGUCCGGCGCCGAGCGCGACCUGCUGCUGCGCCGCCGCCUGCGCUCCGGCCGCGCGCGCCUGCUGGCCGCGGCGCUGGGGCCGGCCGGCGAGCGCGCGGGCAGCCGGCCGCAGAGCCCCUCGGGGGAGGCGGGCGCGCGCGCGGACGCGGCCGUCUACUGCUUCCAGGCGGCGGAGGGCUGGCGCGAGCUCACGCGGCUGCCCGAGGGCGCGCCGGCGCGCGGCUGCGGCCUCUGUGUGCUCUACAACUACCUCUUCGUGGCCGGCGGCGUGGCGCCCGCGGGCCCCGACGGCCGCGCGCGCCCGUCCGACCAGGUCUUCUGCUACAACCCGGCCACCGACCGCUGGAGCGCCGUGCGCCCGCUGCGCCAGGCGCGCUCGCAGCUGCAGCUGCUGGCCCUGGACGGCUACCUGUACGCCGUGGGCGGCGAGUGCCUGCUGAGCGUGGAGCGCUACGACCCGCGCGCCGACCGCUGGGCCGCCGUGGCCCCGCUGCCCCGCGGCGCCUUCGCCGUGGCGCACGAGGCCGCGACCUGCAACGGCGAGAUCUACGUGUCGGGGGGCUCGCUGUUCUACCGGCUGCUCAAGUACGACCCGCGGCGCGACGAGUGGCAGGAGUGCCCGUGCAGCAGCAGCCGCGAGCGCUCGGCCGACAUGGUGGCCCUCGACGGCUUCCUCUACCGCUUCGACCUGCGCGGGGCGCGCGGCGACGGGCCGGCGGCGGCGGCGGCGGGCCCGGGCGCGGGCGUCAGCGUCUCCCGCUACCACUGUCUGGCCAAGCAAUGGAGCGCCUGCGCCUCGCAGCUGCGGCCCCCGGGCGCCGCCGCCCUGCAGCCCUUCCGCUGCGCCGCGCUCGACGGGGCCAUCUACUGCGUGGGCCGCGCGGGCACCUGGCGCUUCGUGCCCCCGCCGGACGGCGACGCGGACGCGGGCGGCAGCUUCGAGCCCGAGCCGCUCGGGGCCGCUCCGGACUCCCGCGGCGUGCUCCUCCCGUUCGUGCUGCACCUGCCGGAGCCGCCGGAGCGCGGCGAGCCGGGCACGGCCUAGGGCAGUGGACGGAGGUCGCAGGUGGAAAGCGGAGGGCGAGCGUCGUCUCGGGCCGGGCCGCUGGUCGCUGGGAAGCCUCUUGGGACCCCGCCCUGCUUUGUGUUUUUCGGUUUUGUUUUGUUUUUGCUUCGCUUUGCUUAACGGGGUCGCUGGGGCCAAGGGCCGUGUAUUUGCGAGCAGCUCUCUGGGGAGGAGAUACUCGGGGGCGGGAGACCUGGCUGCAGAGGCACGGGGGUGCGCCUGGGCGUGGCUGUGGGUGGCCAGGGCCCUGUGCCUGAGCUGUGCCCCUCAAGUAGGCCGGUGCCCACUGUGGGUGGACCAAGAAGGAGAUGUCGCCUUUAAGUUUUUGGAUUUUUAAUUUUUUUUUUUUGGCUUGAGGUUUAAAAUUAGCACAGAUGAGUGGAGCUGCAGUUCGCUGGCCCCGCGCCACAGCAGCAGUUCCAGUACUGAAGGUCACUCUCGAGCGCCAGGGUGAUUUCUCGGCCAGGGAGGCUUGGACGGGGUGGCACCCCAGGGGGCAGCCGCACACCCCGAGUGGACCAGCAGUCUCGGGUCCAGGGCGCCCCGGCUCCUGGGCUGUGACGGCUGUGAUCCACGGUGUGGGAAGGGCCAGCCCUUGGCGGCGGGGCAGGAGAGACUGCCCAGAGGAGAGCCCUGGCCAGCCCGCGGCCAGCCGCCUUCAGCUUUUGGUUGCGAGUGAGCGGAAGGCCAGCGUGACUGCCGGGAGAAGGCGGCCAGGUCCUUUCUCUGCCGUGUUAAGGACACAGUGCCCGUUCGAUGGUCUGAAUGUGUGUUACGUAACACUGACCAGGCAGAUUAACUCCGCAGGCAUCAUUGUGAGGAGAGCAGGCAGUGAGGAUGGGCAGGGCGAGGAACCCACGGGGGGGGGGGGGACGAAGCCGUGGCUACGGUAGUGCGGGGUAACGGACACUCGCCUGUGAGUCGCGGAGUGCCCUGCCAGAGUGAACGGGAGACGGCUGCUUCGGCUGGGCGCAGCGUGCCAUCCAUGUGCCGUCUUUCCCUGUUGGAGCAGCUUGCUUCUCCAGUAUGAGCAGAGGACUGAUGUUCGUAGGAUAAGGUGCACGAGGACUCUGAAUUCAACCCGUUCCCGUCAGAAGUCACCGGAGUGUGAUUAGAUGAGUCCACGGCUCGUGGUGUGCUUGUGAGCCCAGGGGUGGGAUCUCUCUCCAGGGAUCAGACAGGAAGGGGGAACAGGUGCGUGGCUGUGCUGCUCCGGGCCAAGUGUUUAGAAAUGACCCGCGUGAUGCUUAGGCUUGACGCGGGGGACGGGAGUUACAAUUCACGAUUCCAGUGUAUGCCGAUGCCGGUUGCCAGCUGCACCUCGCGGUUCCUCCUACACCAAGAGUGCACCGGAAACUCCGCCAGCCCUGUUAGCAUGGUGAACAGACUCCACCUCGCCCCGACUUGCUGGUCUUUGUGGCACUGUGGUGCAGACAUGGUCGUAGUAAAAGCGCACAGAGCGAGAAUGUGAUUUUGCUCUGGAACGCCACUGUGAGUGCUGAAGUUCCAUUCAGUAGACGGCAGAUCCGCAACGUGUCAUCACUGUGACGUGAGGAGUGACUCCUGUGUUGUCCCCCUGGAAAUCGGGUUCCAAAUGCAGUCAGUGAGCGGCACUGCGAGGGAUCCCCGCCCUGGGGGCCCGAGCAGGGUCCUGGAGGAAGCCUGACCUGAGUGGGAGGAGUGGGCGGGCGAGUCCCCACGGGCGUCCAGCCGCCCUGCUGGGGAAAGACAGACACGCGUGGACCCAGUUUCUGAGCACCAACAUCUCAUACAGACACCGGGGCCCCCCCAUCUCGUGCUGUGCUGGGGUCUCAGUCCCUGGGGCGCGUGUGGAGCAUCAGACACGCAGGGAAGCCACCGCUGACCGAGGGCUGCCCCAAGGUGCGAGCGUGCCAGGCUGUGUGGCUGGGCGCCGUCGGUUCCAAGCGUUCGGGCCGCCGUGCCCACGACGUCAGCCCAGGACUCAGAACUCACCGUGUGCUCCGACACUCCCCAGUCUGCGGGGCCGGGGUGGCUGAAGAGGGGAAGUCGGUGACGAGUAAUGACUUUUGUGCUGCCACUGGAGGUUCAUUUAGAACCCAGGGGAGGACCGUGAGCUCUUCAGUGUGCUGUGUGCAUUGUCCCGGGGACACCUGCACCCCCGUGGCGUGGACUCCCAGCAGCUCUGCGGCGCGUGGCCGGGGAACGUGGUGGUUUCGCUUCGGAGUCUAUGAGGCACCACCUUCCCCUGUAAGACGAACGCUGUGACAGUUCCUCGGUCACUGGUUAAACUUCUUACCUUCCGUCUGGCUGCGCAUCCUGAAGUGAGGAGGGAAUCCCUGUCAUCUGUUGUCACUGAAUUGUGGGGGCGGCUGUUCCAUGCGCUGGUUUCCCAGGUGGCUUCCCGCAGACGCCCCGGGAACGCGGUGUUUCGGGUUCCCUUGCCCUGUUCUGAACCAGGAUCCUUUAGGAUGUGACCUGCUGUACCAUCUCCGUAGCUUACCGGGAAACAAACUUGUCCUUUUGUGUCCUCAUUCUAGAUGCUUCCCUAAGGAGCCAGGAGUUUGAUUUUGAAGCUAAAAAUCAGUGUUUUGGGUUCUUCCUUCCUCUGUGUCGUGUUAUUCAGGAGAGGACAACGGCAUGAGCCCAGGCGGGAGCGUGCGGAUGAGUGCCGCUCCCGAGUGGAUUUCAGCCCGCGUUCCUCGUGCCUCCCCACCUGCAGGAGUAGCCAGGCCGGGCCAGCGCCGUGCACGGCGGCUGGUCCUGGCAGGUGCCUUACCCACACUUCAGGAACCAAGAGGAACAUGAGACGGCAGCUCCUCCCAAGCUGGGCGAGGCUCUCUGCCUGGCACUCAGGUGCUGCCAUUUGUUAAAGAUGAACCGGACCUGUUCAAGGCACCGUGGGGCCAGCUGCUGCCUGUGUGUGGCCGAUGUAUCCCCAGUGCUUGCCAGAGACACCGUUGAGCCUUGUACUGUACGUGCCCCUAAUGCUGAGGUGAAAUAAACCCGUGGAAAACG